AAAAAGGCCAUCUCUCAUACGGAACUUUCCACUGACGGGAAAGCUAUCACUUAACCCCCACUCUAAAUCCUUGCAUUCUGCACUUUCGAAGCCUCCAUUAACCCCAACCAACUCCAUUCACUUUUAGACACCAUCAAAUUCAAUUCUCGAUCUCAUCCGACUCUUUCCCACUUCAUCUCUUGAAACGUUCGUCACCUCUCUUUGUUUUUCCACAUUCAAAAUCCUUUCUCUUUUCUUCUUCUUUCACUCACAUUGGCUCUCUCUUUCUUUCAAAGGUAUUUAUUUUCCUCUGAAAGAGUUGGUUUGUUGGAAAUGGCAGCAAAAGCGGCUUCCAGCCUUCAGAUGGCAAGAGUGAGGCCUUGCAUUUCAACUUCUCAUAGAGCCUUCAAGGCAGGUGUUGCCUUUGUUUCUGGAGUUUCUAAGAAAGCUUCCUUGGCCAAGCUUGCAAGCGCUGGUCACCUAUCAUCUGCUCAACCUCUCCACCGGAGUUUUAUGUCAUCAUCGGUAAAACUUGACAAGUUUGUUACAAAAGCAAUGGCUGAAUUUAGUGAUAGCAAGCCUGUAUCAGGUUUAUCAAUUGAUUUGAGAGGUAAGAAGGCAUUUAUUGCUGGUGUUGCUGAUGACAACGGAUACGGUUGGGCUAUAGCAAAAUCUCUUGCUACUGCUGGUGCAGAAAUUUUGGUGGGAACGUGGGUGCCUGCUUUGAACAUUUUUGAAACCAGUUUGCGACGUGGAAAGUUUGAUGAAUCACGUGUGUUGCCAGAUGGUUCUUUGAUGGAAAUCACCAAAGUGUAUCCCCUAGAUGCAGUCUAUGACAGCCCUGAGGAUGUGCCGGAAGAUGUGAAAGCAAAUAAGCGUUAUGCAGGGUCCUCUAAGUGGACUGUUAAGGAAGUUGCUGAAUCUGUUAAACAGGAUUUUGGCAGCAUCGACAUCCUUGUGCAUUCACUUGCCAAUGGGCCAGAGGUGAGUAAACCUCUGCUAGAGACAUCGAGGAACGGAUAUCUUGCGGCUGUGUCUGCUUCAAGUUACUCUUAUGUUUCCUUACUCAAGCAUUUUGUUCCAAUAAUGAAUCCAGGUGGUUCAUCAAUUUCUCUAACAUACAUUGCUUCGGAGAGGAUCAUUCCAGGAUACGGUGGAGGUAUGAGUUCUGCUAAAGCUGCGCUAGAGAGUGACACAAGAGUGCUUGCUUUUGAAGCAGGAAGAAAGCACAAAAUCAGGGUCAAUACCAUAUCUGCUGGACCACUAAGAAGCCGUGCUGCAAAAGCAAUUGGAUUCAUAGACACAAUGAUUGAAUAUUCAUUAGAGAAUGCGCCCUUGCAGAAAGAACUAUCUGCAGAUGAGGUGGGGAACACAGCAGCCUUCUUAGCAUCACCUUUGGCAACCGCAAUUACCGGGGCUGUUAUAUAUGUCGACAAUGGUCUUAAUGCAAUGGGAGUGGGUGUCAACAGUCCAAUAUUCAAGGAGCUUGACAUAUCAAAAAGCAAUCACUAGUGUAACAAUGGCAACAUACAUUUUCUUCCCUAGGACGAACAGGAUUUUUAGAAUAGGGAUUGUGUCAUUAUGAUGACUUUCUUGCUGGCCGAAUUCAUUGUUAAAUGAACAAAUUUCAAUAAUGUGUUAAAUGUUAGUGCCAGUUAGAAAAUGUAACUUGAAAGGAUCUUAUUAAAUUUUUUAGCUACAAUAAAAUUGUUAGUGUCCAGGAA